CCGUCCCCGGUCCCUCGCCGCAUCUUAUUGUCUGGUGGUUGCCGUUGCCGAGCGCCUUGACUUCAUCGGAGGGAGGGGAGACUUCACUUCAUCGGGGAAAUGGAGGAGAUAAAUCUUGGCGGCGCCGACGGGGUGGAGGUGAAGAAGGAGGCGGGGGAGGAGGAGGAGAUAAAUCUGGGCGUCGCCGGCGGGGUGCUGGUGAAGAAAGAGGCAGGGGAGGAGGAGGAGAUCGAGUUCGAGCCGACGGAGGACGAGCUGGUGCUGCACUUCCUCCGGCCGCAGCUGCGCGGGUUCGCGCCGCGCGUGGCGGGCGCGGUGGUGGAGGCGGACCCGUGCGCGGCGACCCCCUGGGAGCUUCUUGCGCGGCACGGCCUGCUGCGGAGCGGGCACGGCUACUUCUUCGCGGCGCGGCGGCGCGGGGAGGGCGCCCAGGCGCGGCGCACCCCGGAGGGCGGCGGCGGCGGCAAGUGGAUGCACAGCGGGAGCAAGGAGCACCGCCGGUCCGUGACGGAGCUGGGCGUGGUCGCGCGCUGGUCCAUGACGCUGUACUGCUUCUACGCCCGCGGCGGCGUGAGAGGGGAGGACGGGGCGCAGCAGGGGCGGCGGCGGAGCACCGGGUGGGCCAUGUCCGAGUACGAGAUCACGGACCCGCGGUGCUACCGCCGGGCCGACGACGGCGAGGAGGAGCACUACUGGGUGCUCUGCCACGUCCGCCGCAGCGUCAAGAAGAACCUCAAGCCGCGGUCCUGGGAGUGCUGGAAGUCCUGGGAUCUCCAACAGUUCUCCGAGCAUGAGAAAAGCUGAUCCUACAAUAUCUCGAAUUUGGUUUUCUGUAGUAAAGCUGAUCUCCGGCGUCAAGCUCGGUCGCCGGCCGGCGCAAGGCGGGAAGAAUCGUCGGAGAACUUGGUGUUGCGUUUCUUGUGCUCGUCGCCCGGCCGGCUGCGCGACCUGUCAUCAUGUCCGUCGGUGCGCGUGUGGGUGCGCCGUGUAGACAAGGAAAUAAGAUAUGCCUACCCGUAUCUGUACGUACGAGUUCCUUUCGUGUGGGUGGACGUUGCGAUCUUUUUGGGGUCUGCCCAUGUGUUGCGCAUGUGCAUUUGUGCCUUGUUCUUUCGCCUCUUCAUUCCUUCCCACUGAUGCAUCAAAAAAAAAGGUCAACUAAAGUCAUUUCUCUGUUA